CAUCGAUUCCCGAUGCAUCGAUGUUUCCGCCCAUCACUAUCAAAUUUGCUUUGCGCUGCAUCGAGACCGAGAAUUAAAGACUUGAAAGCAGCUGGAGAAAUUACAAGAAAUUGAUCCCCGAAAAUUACUGGCAAUCGCGAACAGCGGGCGUGUGUGUGUGUGUGCGUGCGCGCGAGAGCGAGAGAAUAAGUGAACGAAACAGAACGAGCACAGAAAUUACACAAGUUGUAAAAGAAAAGGUGAAGAAAAAAGUUGGUCGAGACCGAAUAUUGAUUUUUUCAUAGACGGUGCAGUUAAAACAACGGUCUCUUUUUGUUAGCCAAAAAGAAGGCGUUGGGAAAAAGCGGUAGUAGUUUUUAUCUCAAUUUUGAGGCCUACAGAAGAAUAGAAGAAAAAGCAACGGAAAGCGUCAGCCUUGUUUAUAAAAAACUCGAAAACAGAAACGCACCCACACACCGACACUUGCAUGCACAGUGGAACACUCAGUUCUAACUAUCAGAAAAUAAUAAAUAAAAAACAAAGCACGCCAAGCUAAGUACUUAAACGAGAAAUUCGAGCAAAGCCGAAAGAUAACUAGCCGGUUAACAAAUAAAUCAGAAAUCAAGCAAAAGACCCAAAAAAGCAUGCCACAGUCAGAGGGCGGCUAUGUAUCGCUGCCGGCCGUCAAUGGCAAUGGCGGCGCCAUCUAUCAGUCGACCACAGAGCCCACGGCCCCGCCCUCCGUCUUCGCGAGCGUGAAGCGGGCCAUUGGCCAGGCCAUCAAGUCCUCGCCCACCGACAGCGAGGAGCUGCUCCGCUCGGACCGCCUGCCGGUCAUCGUCGGCGGCUCCAGAAUCUCUUUCAGAGACCGCGACAAAUCCGGUAAGACACUGACCACCAAGAUGCCGUCAGCUCCAACACACACUGCCGAGGAGGCACACCUGCUGGGCACCAUGCCCGUUGAUCCCAUGGAUGACAUCGAACUGCGCUCCGUGCAGCUGCAAUUCCCCAAUGCCCGCGGCUCCAUCCUGGAGGCCUGCGAACAGCGACGCGUGCCCACAGACAAGGGCGAUGUCCACGUGGCCAUACAGGGCGAUACGGCCAAGCCGGCCAUCAUCACCUACCACGAUUUGGGCCUCAACUACGCCACCAGCUUUGCUGGCUUCUUCAAUUUUCCAGUGAUGCGAGGUCUGCUGGAGAACUUCUGUGUUUACCAUGUGACUGCUCCUGGCCAGGAGGAGGGUGCACCCACUUUGCCAGAGGAUUACGUGUAUCCGACCAUGGAUGAUCUGGCCGCCCAGCUGCUUUUCGUGCUAUCCCACUUUGGCCUGAAGUCGGUGAUUGGUUUCGGCGUUGGUGCCGGGGCGAAUAUUCUGGCCCGUUUCGCUCACGCCCAUCCGGACAAGGUGGGCGCCCUGUGCCUGAUCAACUGCGUGUCCACGCAGUCGGGCUGGAUCGAGUGGGGCUACCAGAGCUUCAAUGCGCGCUUCCUGCGCACCAAGGGCAUGACACAGGGCGUGAUCGAUUAUCUGAUGUGGCACCACUUCGGACGCAAUCCGGAGGAGCGCAAUCACGACCUGGUGCAGAUGUACAAGCAGCACUUCGAGCGCGGCGUUAAUCCGACCAAUCUGGCCAUGCUGAUCAACGCGUACAUCCAUCGCAACGACCUGCAUCUGGCGCGCACUCCGCCAGGUACUCCGGGCAGCGAAACGGCGGCCACCACGCUGAAGAUGCCGGUGAUCAAUAUCACGGGUUCGCUCUCGCCGCACGUCGACGACACGGUGACCUUCAAUGGCCGUCUAGACCCCACAAACUCAUCGUGGAUGAAGAUUUCCGAUUGCGCUUUGGUGCUGGAGGAGCAGCCGGCUAAGCUGGCCGAGGCCUUCCGGCUCUUCUUGCAGGGCGAGGGCUACGUGUCCGAGAAACCUCAGUAGGAAGAUCUGCCGGAGCACCCAAGCAGUAAUAUACCCAACAAAUUGCAAAAAACAAACAAACCCGAAAUCUAGUUGGAAUGCAUUUAGCUAAUUAAUUAAUACAAUAAUUCAAAUUAACAUUAUAUACAAUUAUAUAGGCAAAGUAGAGCUUAAAAACCACCCAUACACACACACUGCUAGUCAUGGUUCUUUCGAUAUUUUAAGGUGUUAACGGGUAAAAUAACAUAAUGUCAAAAUACUAAUAGCAGUACAUUUCGUUUUAUUAACUUAUAAAAAAAUCGUUUAUUUUUUUCAAUAAAUAUAACUUGACUUACUAAUUUUCUGACUUACCCCCACAACACCUUAAGAUUUACAGAGCUGAAUAGUGAAAAUGACUUACACUAGCCUGCAUCUACGUAGAUUUGCUUCUGAGUACAGUGCAACCUCGUUAGCUGGGCAAUUGAUGCGCUUUCGCUUUUCCAACGCUCUCUUUGAUUUUCUCCUCCACAAAAACACACACCCUCUCGCACACGCCUUUUGUUUCGAAUAACUCUUUCAUUUAUUUGACCUAUCAUUUUGUUUUGUUUAUUUACACGCAAAUUGAAAACAAAUUAUACAACAAUAUCAACAUCGAAAACAAUUACCACAACAACCACAAACAAUUGAACAUUGAUUUCGAAAACCCCAAAAGCUGUUGGCACACUGCAAAAGUUGGCGCGCAAAAUCUCAUCGGUCAGCCGGAGCAGUUCCACGCAAAUUGAGCUCACUGUACAGUGAACGGCGGCGGCAGAGCAGAACUAAGUGAGCGAAUGGAGAGAGCAGCAGCAGUGGCAGCGGCAUCGGCAGAAGCAGCAGCAUCGGCCCCAAUUCGGUGGGGCAGAGUGAGAGAGAGAGAGAGAGCAAUUGGAUAAUCACCCGACACUGAUACACCCAAACAAAAAAUUAGAACAAUAACCACACUGAGAAAAAUGGUUUACAGCUUUGCUUUUAAGGGCAAAAAAAACUUGCUUCGGUUUCUCCACUUCUGUGAUUUGCGUUGAAAUUUAUUGUUGCUCUUUUGUUUAUGUUAAAUACUUUUUUUUGUAAUUAAUGCGAUUUUUAGUUGGUAAGCUAUUAAGUGGAAAGCGGCAAGUGAUUAGUUUCCAUUUCGUUUGUUGUCUACAUAAAUAAAUGCAUUGCGUAUAUGUACUUUACAUAUAGCCUUUCGUUGUGUCACCCCUUUCUCCCACAUGCCUUAAAAGUCGGGCUGCUUUCACCAUCCACAACACAGCUUAAAUGUACGAGAGCAAUAAGUUUAAACACGCUAUACAAAUAUACAUACAUGACAACGCUAUUAUAUACAAAUUACAUACACUAACCAUACUCAAGUCGAGAAAAACGAUAAACGAAACGAAAAUUGAAAGUGUAAGCUUUUGUUGUAUAUUUGAGAAUUCUAAAUAAACGAACGAACAACGUGAA